AUGCCCCGCCAGCUGCUCUCACGGACCGUGCUGCUGGGAGCCGCCCUCCUGCUCGCAGGAUCUAGUUCAGGAUCAAAAUUAAAAGUUCCUGAGCUGAGCAUAAAUGGCACACAACACGUUGUUCAAGCAGGCCAGACUUUAAAUCUCACCUGCAGGGGGGAAAUGGUUCAUUCAUGGUCUUUGCCUGAAACUCUAAGUAAGGAUAGCAAAAGGCUGAAAGUAAUUAAAUAUGCUUGUGGAAGGAAUGGGAAGCAGUCCUGCAGCAGUCUGACCUUGAGCAGAACUCAAACAAGUGACACUGGAAACUAUAGCUGCAAAUACCCAACAAGUCCAGCGAAAAAGAAGAAGGAAUCUACAGUCUAUGUAUUUAUUAACGAUACAGGCAAUCCAUUUGUAGAGAUGCACAGUGAUAUACCUAAAAUAAUACACAUGUCUGUGGGAAGAGAAAUGAUCAUUCCAUGCAGAGUCACAGCACCAAACAUUGCUGUUACUUUAAAAAAGAUUCCACGAGAAACCCUAAUUCCUGAUGGCAAGACAAUAAUCUGGGACAGCAUGAAAGGCUUCAGAAUACCUAAGGCAACCUACAAAUUCAUAGGGCUCCUGAGCUGCGAGACAACCGUUGGUGGACACAAGUAUAGCACAAAGUACCUAACGCACCGAGAAACCAACACAAUUUUUGAUGUUCAGUUAAGUACCCCACGUCUUGUCAAGUUGCUGAAAGGAGACAGCUUGGCAAUUAACUGCACUGUCACCGCAGCAUGGAACACCAGAGUGCAGAUGACGUGGACUUACCCUGGAGAGACAAGGAAGAGAGGUUCUGUAAUGCAGCGCAUUGACCAGAAGAAUGCAGAAGCCAAUAUUUUUUACAGUAUCCUCAUUGUUGACAAAGUGCGCGAUAUAGAUAAAGGCCAGUACACCUGCCACGUGAAGAGCGGGCCAUCAAUCAAAGCUGUUAACACAACAGUCAUUGUUUACAAUAAAAUGUUCAUUAAUUUGAAGCGUCGAAGAAAAACUGCGCUGGAGGCUGUAGCUGGAAGAAAAUCCUAUCGAUUAUCAAUGAAAAUGAAGGCAUUUCCCUCUCCAGAGGUUAUAUGGUUAAAAGAUGGGCUACCUGCUGCUGAAAAGUGUGCCCGGUACAUGGUUAAAGACUAUUCGUUAAUCAUCAAAGAUGUUGCUGAGGAAGAUGCUGGAAACUACACUAUAAUAUUGAGCAUACGACAGUGGAACUUGUCUAAGAAUCUUACAGUCACUCUUACAGUAAAUGUCAAACCCCAGAUAUACGAAAAUGCCGUGUCAUCAUUCCCUGAUCCCAAUCUGUAUUUACUGAGCAGCAAACAAGUGCUGACAUGCACCGUGUAUGGUAUUCCUCAGCCUAAAAUUACGUGGAUGUGGUAUCCCUGUAGACAAAACCAUUCUAAAACAAGGCAUGGCUUUUGUUCUUAUACCGAAGGAUCUUUCAUCCUGAAAGCUGGCAGCAACAUAGGAAACAGGAUCCAGAGCAUCACUGAGCGAACGGCUGUAAUAGAGGGCAAAAAUAAGACUGCUAGCAUUCUCGUUGUAGCUGAAGCCAAAUCUUCUGGAAUCUACAGCUGUGUGGCAUCCAAUAAAGUGGGAAAAGCUGAAAGAAACAUCAGCUUUAUUGUAACAGAUGUACCGAGCGGAUUCCAUAUUAAUUUGGAAAAAAUGCCCAUUGAAGGAGAGAAUUUAAUAUUGUCCUGUUCGGCCAACAAAUUCCUGUACAAAGACAUUGCUUGGAUAUUACCGAGGACAGUCAACAACCAAACAAAAGCAAAAAGGUCUCUCAACAAGGAGUACUCCAUCACCCUCACUCUGACCAUCAAGAACGUUUCCCUGGCACACUCGGGCACCUAUGCCUGCCGAGCAAGGAACAUAUACACGGGGAAAGAAGUGGUUCAAAAGAAAGACGUUACAAUCAGAGCUCAAGAGGCACCAGCCCUGCUGCGGCACCUUACGAAUCAGACAGUGAAUACCAGUAACUCGGCCAUGUUGGAGUGCCAGGUUCGUGGCAUCCCCGAGCCCCAGAUAUCCUGGUUUAAAAACCAUGAAGAAAUACAGCAAGAAUCAGGAAUAAUUUUAGGGCCCGGAAGCCGAAUGCUGUUUAUUGAAAGAGUAAAAGAAGAGGAUGAAGGACUUUACCAGUGUAUAGCCACCAACUUAAAAGGGUCUGUGGAGAGUGCAGCAUAUGUGACGGUACAAGGCACACCAGAGCGGUCAAACCUGGAGCUAAUAACCCUGACCUGUACCUGUGUGGCUGCAACGCUCUUUUGGCUCCUGUUGACCCUCUUCAUUCGCAAGCUGAAGAGGCCUUAUUCCUCUGACAUGAAGACCAACCAUUACCUGUCAAUCAUAAUGGAUCCUGAUGAAGUCCCCUUAGAUGAACAAUGUGAAUGUCUGCCUUAUGAUGCCAGCAAGUGGGAGAUUGCAAGGGAAAGGCUUAAACUAGGAAAGUCUCUUGGACAUGGAGCUUUUGGAAAGGUGGUACAAGCAUCUGCUUUUGGAAUUAAGAAAUCACCAACAUGCAGAAUAGUUGCUGUGAAAAUGCUGAAAGAAGGGGCCACAGCAAGCGAGUACAAAGCACUGAUGACUGAGCUGAAAAUCCUGAUCCACAUUGGUCAUCAUCUCAAUAUUGUGAAUUUGUUGGGAGCUUGCACGAAAAAUGGAGGGCCUCUGAUGGUGAUUGUUGAAUACUGCAAGUAUGGGAAUUUAUCAAACUACCUGAAGAGCAAGAGGAAUUUCUUCUGCCCUAACAAGGACUCCUCUUUGCAAGGAGAGCCAACGAAAGAGAAAAAGGAUAUUGAGCCGGUGGAAGGCAAAAAACAAAGGCUGGCCAGUGUCACCAGCAGCGAGAGCUUCGCAAGCUCGGGGUUCCAGGAAGAUAAAAGUCUGAGUGAUGUGGAGGAGGACGAGGAGGAUGCUGAUGAGCUCUAUAAAUUGCCCCUCACUAUGGAGGACCUGAUCUCCUACAGCUUUCAGGUGGCCAGAGGCAUGGAGUUCCUCUCCUCCAGAAAGUGCAUUCAUCGUGACCUGGCAGCCAGAAACAUCCUUUUAUCUGAGAACAAUGUCGUGAAGAUCUGUGAUUUUGGCCUCGCAAGAGAUAUUUAUAAGAAUCCUGAUUAUGUGAGAAAAGGAGAUGCUCGACUUCCUCUCAAGUGGAUGGCUCCAGAAUCCAUAUUUGAUAAAAUCUACAAUACAAAAAGCGACGUGUGGUCCUACGGGGUCUUGCUGUGGGAGAUAUUUUCCUUGGGUGCCUCUCCUUACCCCGGAGUCCAAAUAGACGAGGAUUUCUGCAGCAGACUGAAGGAAGGCACAAGAAUGCGCGCCCCGGAGCAAGCGACCGAGGAGAUCUACCAAAUCAUGCUGGACUGCUGGCAAAGCAAUCCCAACGACAGACCAAGGUUCUCCGAGCUGGUGAAAAAGCUGGGCGACCUGCUGCAAGCAAAUGUCCAGCAGGAAGGCAAAGACUACAUACCCCUCAAUACUAUAUUUACAACGGAAAGUGGGUUUUCCCCUGCACCUGGUCCUUUGUGCCAUGAAAAUUUUUCUGUUACGAGCUCAAGUUGUGGAAGCGCUGAAAACGUCAGAUACAUAAACACUUUCAAAAUAAAACCACCCCAGCGCAUAAAGACAUUCGAGGAACUUACCAUCAAGGAAACGCUUGUAUUUAAUGAUUAUCAAGCAGACAGUGGGAUGGUGCUGGCUCCAGAAGAACUGAAACGCUUCACGUGGACAGGCAGCAAGCAGAAACGGACACUCUUUGGCAUGAAAGGUGCCAGCAGGAGCAAGGAGUCAGUCCUUUCUGGAAUAAGCAAGCCAAGAAGCUUCUGCAGUUUCAGCUGUGACCAGCUCAGUGACUCCAAGCGAAGAUACACAUAUGGUAACGCAGUGCUGGAGAAAAUGAAAGCGUGCCAUUCUCCCCCUCCUGACUACAACUCCGUCGUCCUUUAUUCUCAGCCACCCAUUUAAGUACUUCUAGCCCAAGAUUUAAAUAUGCAUUUAAUCCAAAAAGGUUCUUCUGAAACAUUGUCAGUUUAAAAACUUUGACCCAAAUAAUUUCAAUUAUCCUAAAAUUUAAAAAGAUAUCAUUGGCUUAAUCUCAGUGAUCUGCUUUUCCACAGGCUGCAACAAGCAUAUACGAAAUACAGCAAAAUACUAAUGCUCAGGUCUUGACUUUCCCAAAUACUGCCACUAAAAUUGUCCAGUGCUUCGGAAAACCUGGAUGGUCACCAUUACAGAUAAAACCAGUUCGCUGUCUGGUCCCUGGCAGCAGGAUGGUAUUUCAUGCUCUGGCCACCCAGCCUCUGCUUGGACUCAGCUGCAGCACCGGUGUCGUGGUCAGGAGAGGCAGGUGGGAGCCCUCGGAAGCCCGUGUCAGGCACUGGGGAAUUUGCUCCCUAUUGCUGGGGCCUGUGUAGUGCUGGAAAAUAAAGGAUUCUUCACGAGGAGAGAAACAAGACAAAGACCAUGCUCUACAGUUUUUAGUGAAAACUGUACUUUGAGAAACGUGAGGGAAGGCUAAUGCUCCAGGGAAGCUGAAUUAGCUAGCUGGGGAUGGGGCAUUAUAUGGCUCUUACUGCUUUGGAUGGCAAACGCAGUAAAGAGUCUUGCGAGGCAAGAAUUUCAAAUUUGUGUUGCAAAACACAAUUGGCAAGCAUAGAGGAGAACUAAGAUCAGACCCAGGGCUGCAACAACAGGGAAUACAGAUCAAUUCAGUUUAGACAAGCCUGCUGAAAUCAAGUAACUAUUCUCGAAAUUUUGCACUUUGUCGGUGUGCCAACACACACACACUGGAACCAAACCACAAGCUCGAUAUGUUAAAGCCAAGAUCUGUCCACAAAACCUCACGGACCUUCUAACACUGCACUGAUUAUGUUUUAUUUAUGGGAAUCUGUCUGAAAAGAGAGGUAAACCGCAUAUACUUUAAAUGAAUUCAUCACUAGAGAGUUUGAAGAGAUUAGUUAGAAAUGACAAGACAACCUCCUUGGAAAGUUAGGGCAGUGUUUCUAUGAAGACAGUUGGAUUUCCAGAUUAGUUACCAGUAUAUAUGCACAGGAAUAAAAAUGUUACCAUUCAUUUGCAACAGACUUUUGUACAGCAUCUCAGAAACGGCAUGACUGUUCUUUAUUCAAGAAGCGUAAGGAUGCACCAUCCCUUUUCACCUUUGAAUGCAAUAUUAAAAUGAGAGUUGACCAUGUAACACAGUAGCACUGAUCUCUUCCAAAUCAACAACUACUGCCCAAUCUCAGCUUCUCAUGGUCCACUAUAAAUACAUAAAUUAAGUAAAAUGCUACAUAUAAUAUGGUUCUGACCUCUUAAAACUCAGCUUAGGAGCUAUGUCUUUAACCCACUAACAGACUUAAAGGAAAAUGACCUUUUGCAUACUUACAAAGAAAAAUGUUCUUAGAUAUUCAAGUAAAAUAAGUAUGUACCACUACUUUUAAGCUAAGUAUCAAUUUAGAUCUUCCUGGCCAAGAGAUCAUCAGUUUUAACUGUCUACUGCACUGUCUCUUGCUGGUUAAGUAUAUUUUAUCUUGAUCAAAACAAAAGGAAAUUUUAAGAACCAUUUCUUAACUCCAAUUGAGCAAAAAUAGUUAUGGGAUGAUGCCUCUCAAAGGAAAUGUUUGCACAGUGUAAAUAUAUAAAUAUGCUUUUUGUGCAUAAAUAUUUAAGAAAACUGUACUACAAAGAUUACUUUUAUAUGAACCCCCUAAGUUUCUUCAGAUGUGAAUAACUCUUAUUUUGUCUUGCAUUUUUUG